AUGAAUAUACAGUGUGGUGAAGCUCCAUUUUUAAGCGAAGGGUUAGAAGUUAGUGCCAAGUUUAAAGGUGCUUUCUGUGAAGCUAAAAUAAAAAGAAUUGUUAAAAAAGAUGUUAAAAUUAAUGUUUUAUUAAAAGAAGCACCAUUUGGAAGUUCUGUUAUAGAACCAGAAUGUAUUGUUUCAGGAUCAUGUGAGGUUAAUCAAAAUGUUAUUAUUAAAUUAAAAGAUAGAAAUAUAAAAGCAGCUAUUAGGCAAAUUCGUGAUUUCUCUAGAUAUUGGGUGGAAUUUGAUGAUGGUGAUGAAAAAGAAUUAAGUAGAAAUCAAGUUAAAUUAAAAGGAAAGAAACAUUUUGAAGGAGAGAUAAAUAUGGAUGAGAUGCCUUUAAAUAAUCCAGAUAAAUUAAAAAUAGAUGCAAAAAAUGAAAAUGGAGAAGAAUUAGGGCGAACUAAAAGUGAUAGAGCUUGUAGAGGAGGUUCAAUAAUGUCGUCGCGAUCUCGGACACCAUUAUCAAAUGAUAAUAAUUGUAUUGAUAGUAAAAUUGAAAAAAUUAAAAAUGGUUCAAAAAAUUUAGCAACAACAAAUACUUCAACACGAAAUGCCACUGAUAAUAAGUAUUUUCCAUUUGAUUUAGGAACAAUUGAUAAUUUUACUGUUGGUAGAGUAGUUUUAUCAUUGGGAAAAGAAAAUGAUUUUUCUAGAGCCGCACCAUCUGUUAUUGUAUCACUUAAAGCAUAUAAAGCUUUCUCAACAAAUCUCAAAGUGCCAACUGAAGAUAAUGAAAUACCAUUAAUAAGUUUUGUUACAUCAAAAUUUUUUAUUGCACAACAAGAUACAUUACGACCAUUUAAUGGUAAAUGUUUAGAAUAUCUACCUACACCAUCUGUCUUUUUAAAAUCAGCAUAUUCCAAAGCUCAAGCUUUUUUAGAUAAUGGAGAAUUACCAAAAGGUAUUGAACAACAAUGGGUUUUUUAUAAAGAAAAGAAAAUUUCUUCAUCAAAGAAAAAAGAAAAAGUGAAUUUAAGAGAUGACGAUAAAGGUAUUAAAAAAAACGGGCAAGAUAAAAAAGAAUCUAAAGGUAUUGAUAAAAAUAUGAAUUUAAAACUUCAAGAAAAUGAAAAAUCAAAUAAUGUAAAAAAAAAUUCUACUCAAUCAACUAUUUCAAAAGAAAGUACUGCAAAUGGAUUAGAAGUUGAAGAAAAACGAGAUUUUGUUAGUUUUGUUGGAAGUGAAAAAACUCCUAGUACUGCAAGUUAUUCUAGUUCUGAUGAUGAAGAAGAAAUGGAUAUGAAAGAAUAUCUUGAGAAGAAGGACAAUUUUACUGCUAGAUUUUUUAGUUAUGCUGGAAAUAUUUGUCAAAAUUUUAUUGAAUUACCUAUUAUUAGAUCAGAUGAAGUUUUGGAUAUAUAUAAAUUGACAAGAACAAUAGUUAAACUCGGUGGAACAAGAAUAAGAACAAAUAAUAAAUGGCCUAUAGUCUACAAAAAAAUGCAUUUAGAUAAUUCUAAUUUAUCAUUAACGGAAUUAGUUCAAUUUUAUGACAAAUAUCUUCAUGGAUUUUUGAAAGUUAAUAAAAAUUUAGGAUGGUCUGCAGCUGAUAGUUGUAAAGAUUCUUAUGGAUUUACUAAACGGCGUACUUCAAAUCUCAUAGAAAAGAAAAUUACCUCUCCUAUGUCUCCUGAAUUACCUUCUUCUACAGAUACUUCUUCCAAACCUAAAAAAAGAGGGAGAAAACCAAAAGAUAAAACUAUUAAUAAUAUAGCUCCUAUUGAAGUUUCUCAAAAUAUUAUUGAUACUUCUUCAGAAUUAAUUAAAGAUGUUUCAGACUUAAAUGAUCGCAAAUCUCCACAAAUAAAUUCAACGAAAAUUAAUAAUGAGAAUUGUAUAAAUCGUCCUUUGAAAAGGGAACGUACCAAGUCAGAAAGCGGUGGUUUGCAUUGUGAUGAAGAUAAUAUGCAUAAUAAAAGAAAAUAUCCUAAACGCAAAUGUAGAGAAGAAAGUGAACUUCGGGAACGAUCCGAUUCUAGAAAUUCCCAUGAAAAAAGUAUUGAAAAAGAUAAGACAGAUGUAGUGGGUCGUGGAAAAUCUGAACUUGGUGAUAAUUAUUGUAACGCAAAUAUCUUUACUAUGUUUAAUGUUGGACAAAAAAUGUUAGGUUUUGCAGAUGAUAGUUAUUGGGAUUUGCGUAUAUUAAGUUUUGAACAACCUGAAAAAAAAGCUCUAGUACGUAGGAUAAAAGAGAUAUGUGGACCAGAUAUGGUAUUUAAUAAACUUCAAAAAAAAUUAUUAAAAGGUGUCAUGUCAAAUAUGAGUUGUUUUGUACAUUAUUUGCGGUGGAAUUCUCGUUAUGAUGAACAUUUAGGAUUAGAUAGAAUUUAUUUAUUAAAAAGUGAUCAAGCAACUUUUGAAAGUCAAUUUUCUGAAAGUAUACCUGAAAAUCUUAUGAAAGAAAUAGUAGAAUGGUGUAAUUCAUCUGAUGGUAUUAAAUCAGUAAAAUAUACCUGUUAUGAAUCUGAUGAUGAAGAUGAUAAAAAAUUAGAUCUUCAUGACAAACCUACGGAUUCAUCUAUUUCUAGUACUACCAUUGAUUUGACUUGUAAAGAAGAUAUAAAUGAUCCAAAGUUUUUAGAUAGUAGUAUAAAUAAUAUGCAAAUUACAAAUGAAUUAGUUAUUAAAAAAGAUAUAAAUGAGACAGUUGAGGAAGUUGCUAGUAAACAAAAAGAAGUAGUUUUAAAAGAUUUUGACAUAAUUAAGGAUCCGCAAAUUUAUAGUUGUGGAUAUUUUUCACACAUCGAAAAACAAUCUUUAAAAGAAACAGUUUUUUUCACAUGUAAUGAAUCUCAGGAAAUUGAUAGCUCAGAAACAGUAGAUGAUUUAGCAUUAGAAUGUAGUGAAUUAUUUGAUGGAUCACCAGAUUUAGAAGAUUUAGGAAACGACAGAUCAUCACUACAAUCACAAUUAAAAUCGGCAAUUCGCAAGAAAGCAAAACGUUUAAAUCAAUAUAUUCCUUCAGAAAUAAGAAAACGACGUUUACAAAAUCCUCAAUUUGAUGAAAAUGAAGAAUUAAUAUAUGAAUGUGCUGAGCCUUGUGUUAAAGCUUUAUUAAGAAAAUAUGAUGAACCAGUUACAGAAGAUUACUUAAAAUUAGUAACAUCAAUGUCAGAUGAUGAUGAAUUUAGUGAAAUUGAUGAAUUUUUAAACAAUGAAUCAUUGCCAACAACAAAAGAUAUUGAAGAAAUACAAUUUGAUAAAGAUAUUAUUACUGAAAAAUUAGGAAUACUACGACAAUAUUAUACUAAAAAUUGGCUCGAUCUUGAAGAAGAAGAUGAUAGAAUUAUGAAAUAUUUAUUUGAAAAAGAUAUUGCUGCUCAUCGUAAAAGAAAACAACAUGGUGAUUCUCCCUCUUGUCAAGCAUUUGAAAAAAUUAUGGAAGAAGAGCGUUUAGAUAAAAGAUCUCAAGAAAAUGCUCUUUUAUUCCUAUCUUCAUCUUCUCAAGAAUUAGAAGUAUACAUUUGUUGA